UAAAGCGUUGUGUUUUGGACUGAAGGAGGUCAUUGGAAAGUGAGGAGGAAGGAGUUCGGGCACAGACAAAUUCAGUGCAGGAUAGUUUCUGAUGCCGGUGUGAGGCGAAUCAAUUAUUUAACAACCUCGUGUAGUAUUCCAAGAGCUGCGAAAUGCUUCGUUUAAUCCUGCGGCUCAGGCCGUCCGCCCGGCUCUCCUGUCCCCGUGUCCUCCCGGCGGGGCCUUCCGCGCUCGGCUCUCGCACCGGCUGCCUGAGGCGAAUUCACUGCGGAGCUGGCUCCCGAGUCGUGUCCUUAAAUUCGAACCUCAGUCACAGAACCCUCCUGCGGUGUCCUCAGCUGGUUGGUGGCUGUCAAAGCAAACGCUUCUACAGCCUCCCUCCUCACCAGAAGGUGGCGCUUCCUGCUCUGUCGCCCACCAUGCAGACGGGGACGAUCGCUCGUUGGGAGAAGAAGGAGGGGGAUAAAAUCAACGAGGGGGACCUUAUAGCUGAGGUAGAGACGGAUAAGGCCACUGUAGGCUUUGAGAUACUGGAGGAGUGCUAUCUAGCAAAGAUCCUGGUUCCUGAAGGCACCAGAGACGUCAGCGUUGGAUCAUUAAUCUGCAUCACGGUGGACAGCCCAGACCUUAUCCCGGCCUUUAAGGAUCUAACAUUGGACUCUGUUAAAUCGGCUGGUGCUGCUCCUUCCUCUGCUCCUCCUCCUCCCUCACCUGCUGCUGGCACUCCUCCGCCACCCGCACAACCGGGCUCCUCCUACCCCCCACACAUGAAGGUUGCACUUCCUGCUCUCUCUCCGACCAUGACGAUGGGAACAGUGCAGCGCUGGGAGAAAAAGGUGGGAGAAAAGUUGAGUGAAGGAGAUUUGCUGGCUGAGAUCGAAACUGACAAGGCAACUAUCGGCUUUGAGGUCCAGGAGGAAGGUUAUCUGGCUAAAAUCAUGGUAUCAGAGGGAACUCGGGACGUUCCUCUGGGGACGCCGCUCUGCAUCAUAGUAGAAAAAGAAUCUGACAUCGCUGCCUUCAAGGAUUACGUUGAGACCGGGGUGGGGGACGUAUCCACACCACCUCCUGCUCCCACUCCCACUCCUGUAACGGCUCCAGCUCCCAGUGCUGCUCCAGCUGCAGCCGCUCCAGCAGCACCGAGGAAGGGCCGUGUGUUUGCCAGCCCUCUAGCCAAGAAGCUUGCUGCUGAGAAAGGCAUUGACCUGGCACAGGUCAGCGGAUCUGGUCCUGAUGGACGCAUCACUAGAAAAGACAUUGAGAGCUUUGUUCCACCAAAGGUUACUCCUGCUGCAGCUCCCAGCUCAGCAGCUGCCAGAGCUGCUCCUGCACCUGCUGCAACUCCGGCUGCUCCAGCUGGCACCUUUACCGACAUCCCUAUCAGCAACAUCCGCAAGGUCAUCGCUCAGAGGUUGAUGCAGUCCAAGCAAACCAUCCCCCACUAUUAUCUGUCUGUAGAUGUUAACAUGGACCAAGUGCUUGAACUUCGAAAAGAGCUCAAUGAGGAGGUGAAAGCUCAGAAUAUCAAGCUUAGUGUGAAUGACUUUAUCAUCAAAGCCAGCGCUCUGGCCUGCCUCAAGGUUCCUGAGUGCAACUCCUCCUGGCUGGACACAGUCAUCCGCCAGAACCACGUGGUGGAUGUUAGUGUGGCAGUGAGCACAGCCAACGGUCUGAUCACGCCUAUCGUGUUCAACGCCCACAUCAAAGGCCUCGUCGCCAUCAGCUCUGACGUGGCGGCUCUCGCUGCCAAAGCCAGGGAGGGCAAACUGCAGCCUCAUGAGUUCCAGGGAGGAACGUUCACAAUCUCCAAUUUAGGAAUGUUUGGAAUCAAGAAUUUCUCAGCGAUCAUCAACCCGCCUCAGGCCUGUAUCCUCGCCGUCGGAGGCUCUGAGAAAAGACUGAUGCCUGCUGAUAAUGAGAAAGGGUUUGACGUAUCCAACAUGAUGUCGGUAACGCUAAGCUGCGACCACCGGGUGGUGGACGGAGCCGUCGGGGCACAGUGGCUCGCAGAGUUCAGAAAGCUCCUGGAGAAACCGGUCACCAUGCUGUUGUGAUCAGACUGUAGUGCCAUCAAACAGCAGCAGGCACAGACCUCACACUGACGAGAUCCGAUUGGCCUGGAUUCUCACGUGAUUGGCCAGCCUGCCACAAGGUCACUCCCACUUAACCUGAUCGGCGGGAAGAGGCAGAACUCACUCCGACAAGCUUUCUGUCCGUCUCACCGUCUCUCCUAUCUUUCCUUCUCUCUCUCUCUCUCUCGGUUUUAUUUAUUUUUGCCCCAUCUUAUAAUAGAUCGGAAUUUGGUUUCAUUUACCCUGGAAUAGAGACUAUAUGUCAAUAAAAGAUGUUAAAGUAUUUUAAAGAAGGGACGUGUUACAUGCCCAUGCAGUGGGCAUAUUUUCCUAUAAAGAGUUUGUGUGUUUCUGCAGAGGUUCAUCACAUACAGUGAACAUGGUGGAAAAAAAUGAAAUGAAUUUAUCACAAAAGUAGCCGGAAUUUACACAGUGGCCAAACAGAAGAACUACUUUCUGCAUUUUCUGUGGGUUAAAGCUUCGCUGUGUUUAUAAUUAUCACUGUGGAAGAACAGUGUUGUAUAUUUAUGUAUAUGGUGUUGAACUUUGGUUAGAAUAACCAAGCCCCUUAAAGAUCUCACAGUAGAAACAACAGGCUGUAAGCUUCUCUCUUCUGUUUUAUUUUCCAGUGUCAUACAGUUUCUUGAUCUUGCAGCUGACGCACGCACACAAACCCGGUGCUGGAUGUUCAUAAAAGAAAAAGAAUAAAUUGGGAGAUUACAACCUUCUGUGCAGUCUC